CACGUGCGCAGCACGGGCAUGAGUGUGUUAUUAUCGGUUCCUAACGACUAAAAAAUUGUAGCCGAAGGUGAAGUACAUUUUCCAACAUGACAAUUGAUCUCACAAUGAAGAAGUACACAUUCUGUCCCUAUGCGAAUAAUUUCUGUCCAGAAAGCGAGUGAAAUAACGUGUUAUCGCCAGUGCAAUCGAGAGAAGCAUUCGUGUUGGUGUCUAACCUAGAAAAUGUCGAGUUUAAACAAAAAUUUCAGUGAUAUUGAUCUCGACGAUCCGAGGUAUCGCAUCAGGCCCUACCAGCAGAUGAUUGCGUCCUGCACUGGGGCAUUGAUAACUUCUCUCAUGGUUACACCUCUGGACGUUGUCAAGACGAGAUUGCAGGCUCAGCAGAAGGCCAUGCUCUCGAACAAGUGUUUCUUGUACUGCAAUGGGUUGAUGGAUCAUUUGUGUUCAUGCAACGGAAAACUGCCGAACUGGAUGAGGGAGAAUGGAAAAUUCAAUGGCACUUUGGAUGCCUUCGUGAAGAUCGGACGGAGCGAAGGGGUUUUCUCACUCUGGAGUGGACUGAGUCCAACUCUUGUGCUUGCUGUACCUGCCACUAUAGUUUAUUUUGUCUCUUACGAACAACUGAGGUUGUAUUUGAAGGACAGUUACAAUAAUAAAUUCAAAAAGAAAGAAGCCCCUCAUGAUCAACCAGCCUGGAUACCCGUGAUAGCUGGUGCAACAGCACGUGUAUGGGCUGCGACUCUGGUCAGUCCCCUGGAGCUUAUCAGAACGAAAAUGCAAUCACAAAAGCUCAGUUAUUCAGAAAUGGGACAGGCCUUGAGAACUGUGGUUGAAUACAGUGGAGUAUCGGGACUGUGGAUGGGCCUCAGCUCCACUCUACUUCGUGACGUACCUUUCAGUGCUAUUUACUGGUUCAAUUACGAAACGAUUAAGAGAUGGUUUCCCUCAGCCCAGCACACAUUCACGUUUAAUCUUGCUGCAGGUGCUACAGCUGGUUCUGUUGCAGCGUUGAUAACUCUGCCAUUCGACGUUGUUAAAACACAUCGACAAAUUGAAAUGGGUGAACGUGAAAUUUAUAACAACAAUCCCCAACGCAGUGGCAAGACCGCGAGCGUAUUGAAGCGAAUCUACCAACAGAAUGGAAUUCGCGGCCUCUACACUGGUUUAAUCCCCCGUUUAGUCAAAGUCGCCCCAGCCUGCGCUAUCAUGAUUGCGACCUUCGAGCACGGCAAGCGCUUCUUUUCGGCUUACAACCGUGCACUCGAUCACCAGAAUGACGUCCACUUCAUUGGACACAAGAACAGGGAUCUUAAAUGACAAAAUUUUAAAGAAGGCUUGAGGAUAGCAUUGAAGACAUGAUUGUAAAUAAUUCGUAAAAUGAAUAAAAUAAAGAUUUAUUUAUAUAAAACGUU